AUUUGACAGCGUUAACGUUACCCGCCACAGUUGGCGAGUGUUAAUUUCAAACCCUGGUUACAACUUUAAAAUACAGCGUCCGAUUAAAGGACACUGUGAUCAGCCUAACAGUCGUACUGCAAAUGAGAGAGUCUUCCACUGCUGACACCGUCAGCAGCAGCGUGAUGAGCCGCGACAGACGAAAUCUGCAGUGAAACCGAGUCAGAAACGGGACAGCUGCUGCUGCACUGGAACGCGUGUCAGUGCACUGGAGCACUAAUAACUUCAUCUUAACAUUAAACUCGUCCUGUCAUGAUGAUGAUCUUGUGCUUGGAAACCAUUACCUGCACACUGUUGUUCCUUUCACCUUUUGUGACCACCUACCCAGCCGAGUUGGAGAAAGGACGGAGGAGAGUGGUUCAUGUAAUGGAGGACGAUACUGGGGCAGUGAUAGUCCAGACUGCUCCAGGUAAGGUGGUCACUCAUCGUGGUGGCACUAUCACCCUUCCCUGUCGUUACCACCAUGAACCAGAGGACGUAGACCCUAACCGCAUCCGCAUCAAAUGGACAAAGGUUUCUGAUGCAUUUCAGUUUGAAGACGUGUUUGUUGAACUGGGGCGACAACAGAAGGCAUUUGGGUCCUACCGUGGCCGCUUGUCUCUGGAACGGGCAGGGCCAGGAGAUGCUUCAGUUAUUAUUCACAACAUCACCUUGCAAGACUACGGCCGCUAUGAGUGUGAGGUCACCAAUGACAUGGAGGAUGACAUGGGAUUUGUCAAUCUCGACCUUGAAGGUGUGGUGUUCCCAUACUACCCUCCAUCCGGACGCUACAAGCUGAACUUCCACCAGGCAGAGGAAGUGUGCCGACAGCAAGAUGCAAUUCUGGCCUCCCAUGCACAACUACACAAGGCUUGGCUUGAGGGGUUGGACUGGUGCAAUGCCGGUUGGUUAGAGGACGGCUCAGUCCAGUACCCCAUCUCCCAUCCUCGAGACCAAUGUGGCCGCAAGGAUAGCCCUCCCGGUGUCCGCAACUAUGGCUACAGGCACAAAGACGAUGAACGCUAUGAUGCUUUCUGCUUUACCUCGAACCUCAACGGACGUGUUUACUUUCUCAAACGUUUUAAGAAGGUAAACUACCUUGAGGCAGUAAAGGCAUGUCAACGUGAUGAUGCAGUGAUUGCCAAGGUUGGACAACUAUAUGCCGCAUGGAAGAUCCAGCUCUUGGACAGGUGUGAGGCAGGCUGGGUGGAAGAUGGCAGCAUUCGUUACCCCAUCGUCAAUCCUAGGACCCGCUGCGGGGGCUCGGAGCCCGGUGUUCGAAACCUAGGUUUCCCUGAUAAGAAGUUCCGCCUCUAUGGAGUCUACUGCUACCGUAGGAACACUGAUAUACAGUCAACACAAGCUCAGAAAGAAACCACAACUAAACCGGCUAACAGCACUAAAAGUAUCUGAAAUGACAAAUUACUAGCAUCAUGGCUUCCAUGGUUGACAGACAAGGCUUUGCACAUCUGCUAGACUACUAGGUAACUUGGGUAAUGCUGAACUCGGGGCAAAACUGAGCUUUUUAAUAAUUUCAAUUACUUGCUUGAAAUGAGGUGUCAAUAACCUCUUAAUUCUUCUCUCAGUAACAUUACUAGGCAAUAAUAUGGCACAAUGUAUUAGCUUAAUUGUUUCACAAUAUACCCUGCAUGCAGAGAAAACAGAACUUAGCCUUCAGGUUUUCAAUUUCUUUUAUUUUGCUGUUUCCCAGUAAAGACAAUAACAACUUUAAUUAGCGCUAAGAAAGUAGGAAAGCUAAUUUAGCCUUAUAACGAGUGCAGCACAUAAGCAAUAGCCCUUAUUGAUCUGACAAUGAGAAAGUGAUAAUGGACUAAACUUGUAUCAGAUGCUAGCAUGAACUGGCUAAUUUGGCUGGGCUUAGUUUGCUUAUUAAAAUGAACUUUCACAGUUGUUGCUAUCUAAGCAAGUAGCAAAACUGAUUAGCUUUGCCAAUUACUAUGCACAUAACACUUGACACUCAUUUUUUAUACAUUUUGAAUGACCUUGCAAGCAAUAACAGAAUUAGGCAUGAUAUUUUCUAGAUGUUUAUUAUUGCUAAAAUAUUGUGAAUGACAGAUUUACGUCAGCUGCUUUACUACCUCUUAGUGGUUGAUUGCACUGUUUGUUCAGUAUUGCACAAUAUUGUCUAUGAUGAUGCAUUUUAGAUUAAAGUUAUUUACCUGUU